ACGCACACACGUCGCACACCCUGUCUCUCGUAGCUUCGCUGGUACAAAGACCGACCCGAACGGUCAGUAUCGCACCAGUUAGCAUCCGUUUUAGACGUGUGCAGUCAAACAAACGGCAAAGCGACCAAAGUUCGUUCCGUAGUGAUUGUCGACAUAAAGUCGAGAGGUCCCGAAGAGACGCAUCCUCUCUAAAGUGAAUUCCAAUACAUAACAUCCGAUUUCAAUAUCUGAUUCUAAUAUCGAAAGAGCUGCAAGAUAGAAAGAGAGAAAGAGAGAAAGAGAGAACGAAAGAGAGGGUUUUUUCUUCCAGUAAACUCCACCUUCUUUAAUUGUUUUUGUGUAAGGAGUAAGCACGAUCUUUUCGUCAUUGUUUAAGAAGGUUCAAUCAUAAUGGGCAUGAUAGCGCGCGUGAGACGCCGAGUCCGCGCGAACUCGCUAACGGUCGACAAGGAGAAGACGGCGCAAAGUGUCUGCCUUCUGAGCGCGAUACUUCUUUUGCCUUAUUGUCCACGUGGUCCAUUGCCGCUUUUGCCAUCGCCCGCGCCAGUCUUGUAUUCGGCGUUGGUGCUUCCGGUGGUACUAAGCGCGAAUUACAGGUAUCCCGUACCGACUCUCAAGACUCUCGGCGAAGCGGUCAAAAAUGGAGCUAAGAAAGCCUGGCAUCCUUUGAACCGCUUUCUGAGACGGGUGUACUCGCCGGUGGACCGCGCGGAAAAUCUCUUUCUCAAGAUGCGCAAUUUCUCCAUCAUGGCGAAUCAAGUGGUAUUUCUCAUACUGGCCGACAAGGUUCUUCUGCCGCAGCAAAAGCUAACUUGCUUGUACACGCUUAUGUUUUACAACGUGAUAGCCUAUUGCGUGAGUUACAUCAAAGAGCUGAUUCAAAAAGAAGACUGGUCGCCUUACGUCACUCUGACCGAGCGAUCCAAGAUCAAGCAUCUCGCGAUGUCGGCGACCAAAAUCGUGCUCGAGUGGACCAAGGCGGUGACUUUCGUCGUCACGUUGACCUUCAUGCUUCUUGUAUUCGGAUUGGAGCAAGGCCUCGAUCACUACAAGCCUUCUUUGAUAUACACGAUAGUCACGUGGACCUACUACUCGGCAACGGAAAAGGUCUUCGUGGAGAUGUUCCCGACGAUAUUAGGCUUCUUUCAGUUCGAAGCGUUGGAGAACAUCGAGAAUCUUUACGCGCCGGUGAUACUUCGCUGCUUCACAAUCGCUAUGUCGGCGAUGUUCAGCAUUCUGCUGUUACCCACGGCUUCCUGGAGGUUUCUCAUUGUCGCCACAUAUCUGAACGUGUAUCUGCGAUGGAAAGAAAUGAUGCAGAAUUCGGGAGCGAUGUUGCGACGGGAGCGCGAAGUGCUGAAUCGUUACCGAAAGGCAACCAUUGAAGAAAUCGAGAAGUUCGACGACGUAUGCGCGGUGUGUUUGUGCGGCAUGAAGAAGGCCAGAGUGACACCCUGUCAUCAUCUCUUCCACGCGGAUUGCCUGCGGCAAUGUCUCAAGUCCAGCGACAGUUGUCCCAUGUGCAAGCGCGAGCUCAAAUUCGACUAAACGCGCGCGAGCACGCGCGCGACGCGAUAAAAUAUAUAAAUAUGAUUUUUUGAGAAAAUAUGUGUACGCACACAUGCAAUUCUUAAAAUCAUAUUCAGAGAAACUUAUAUUCGCGAUAUUAUUCUCGAACCACGCUCGGACCUAAAGAAAGAAAAAAAAAAUGAUCUUGAAUGCUCGAGACGACGUCUGUCCAAGAGAUUUAAGACGUUUUCUUGUACGUUUGAAUGUUGGAG